AUGCCGACCAGCGCCAGUUCGGUAUCGAGGUCGCUUCCCGAUAUAAGCGUCAAUUCCAGAGCUCAAAGUGGGAGUCGACCGUCCGCGGCCGGGGUGAAUAUCGUUGGAAGGCCUCGGAAUCCAAGUUCGGGCAGCUCGCGCACUCGCCUGCCGGCUGCCAAACCGGACAGUGAGCAGGUGGAGCACGCGCGGAACUAUGUUCCUGACAAUAAUGGGGUGCGGCAACGGAGUUCGCAGGUUGGAGAGAUGAGGGUUCGGAGUCUGGAGGUGUUGAACAAUACAAGGCCAACGGGCAGGAGACGUUUAUUACUGCCCCCUCGUGAGAACGCUGUGGGAGACUUUUCGACGAGGAGAGCCAGAGGAGCAAGCACUGGGGAGCGUUCGAUAGGUGUGAAUGGGCCCGAAGCUGUAUCGGGAGAGCAGACGACCAGGUUACCCUUGCUGGUUGUGGAAACGCCGAAAGAGGAGUCCACACGGUUAGCGAAAGGCGUGGAAACGGAUGCAGGAGCGCGUAAGCCAGAGACGGGUGCAGAAAAGCGGAGCAGCAAUGAGCCGGCGACAAAAAAUGAAACCUCAGGGUCGGAUGAAGCGUUGAAUGCAGCAUAUGCGUCAACGGAGCCUGUAAGCAAUGUCACAGAACAUCGGUCGUCCCUGGGUGGGCGAUACAUGGUGGUUCGCCCCUGGGGCUCACGGAUUCGAAGCAAUCCAGAUUUGAGUGGGGGUGCAGAUGCAAGCAACGAAACAGAUACGGACGCAUCUGCUCGACGGCGUUCAACCAGCUCUCGUGUCCAGCCAACCAUCUGGCGAGUCAACAGCGCUGGGGAAAUCGUACGUACAUUGGGUGGACCACCGCAGCCAGUGGAAGCCACCCUAUGCCGCCCGCCAUCAAGUUUAGCUUCGCAAAUUUCAUUAGAGAAUGCUCUGAACGGCACAUACACAUCCCCCAACACGCUUUCAGCUUUGAAGUGCAGAUACCCCACUUACGCCGCACCGUUCCGUGCCAGUCAUUCCUUUGCUUAUGCAUCCACGUCUACACUCGCGCUGGAUGAUCCAUUCCAUACCAUGGUGAUGGACGCACCACAAAGGCGACUGAUACAUUUGGCGUCAAGAACAUUGGCUGGAAUGGCAAAGGGGUUGUCGACAACGACUGCAACCACGACGCUCGCGUCUCCAUCAUUGUUCAUACCAUUGCCAUUACUGCGGUGGGCGGCCAUAGAUCCCGAAGAGGCAGCACAGGAUAUCAUCAACAGCGCCGACAGCGAUGAUGGCACAGGCCCCUCAUCAGACAGUCCGCGGACGGAUGUAUUCACAGAUUUUGAGCGCACAGAUGUUGUUAGCAGACAACGCUCUACGCACCGAGAAGCGCUCAGCCUACCAGGCACAGCACGCCCAUCGUCAAGCGUGAAUGGACUGGAGAUGAUGUUGAUGUUGUUGGAAGGGUUGGAACCUCUGUUGCGUAGUGGUAGCGGAUCCUCGUCUGAAACACAACCUGGAAGACGGGAAGGUCGCAGCGCCAAUCGAUUCUUUUCUUCUCUUGCAGAUAGACAUUAG